GUACUUCUCACUCAUGCUUUCUGUCCUUUUCAUCUCUGUUUAGUUCUCUGUUUGACAGGAAAACGAAAAUAUCAAUAUGUUCUUCUUCUUCCUCGGUCGUCUAGAACGCAUCAAGAGAGCUCGAGCUAGUAAGAAGAAUAACUAUUUUCUCAGGAGCAAGAAGAAUAACUAUUUUCUCAGGAGCAAGAAGAAAAGUGCAACUCAAUAUACAGAGAGGAAGCGAAGCUGCCCAUAUUGCCGUACUUCAACUUCAUGUUCUUGUGCUUCUUCCUCUACUCCAAAGGAGGAGUUGCAACAGUUUUUGGUCUCCCUCACACAACCUAGUGGGCCAUCUGCACCGGUCACCAAUUCGACUUUCGUCCAUGGUGAACCAUCAGUAUCUCAUGCUAGUGUUUCUACUGCUAAUGUGGAUGUUACCCUUCAAAAACAUUGUCGGAAAAUUUUGAAGAGGAUGAAGAUCAAUUCUCUAACGAUCACUUUCAUUGUUGGUGUCCUUAGUGAUGGAGAAAUGAAAAGCUUGCUCUCGUGUGAUAAAGAAAGCAGGGUUGAAUAUGUCAACUAUUUGCUAAAGAAGAUCUAGAGUAGACUCAUCAAUGGCAUGCGAAAUGUUGGACUUUGCUCCUGAGAUUUCAGAGAUUUCAUCAUCAAUGUCAUGCGAAAUUUCGGAGUUUGCUUUUUUCUAUGUUUGCUUCUAGACAAAUUCUCAUUCAAAAUUUCAGUGUUUGUUCCUGCAAUGUGAGAUUUAGGUUUUUCAUUCAUUUCAAAUUUCAAUUAACCUUGCUUCUCUCACAAACAAAAUUUGUCUAAUGAAUCUCUGUUCUAUUUCUACUAA